GUUUCCUUCAUGUUUCAUGCAGCAAUGCUGCAUAAGCAAUGUUUAUAUCCGCGCAUUCCUCACGUCUGUUUACAAUCCGGGAGAGAUUCUUCUUGAUGUCAAAUUCAUGUCCAGUAGCAGCCACAUGGAUGCACAGUGAGGAUGCCCUGGAGUUUCUCAUGGGAGGACCCACAUCACUUUUGUGUCCACUGAGCCGAUUUUUCAACAUCUGGGACGUAGUCCCAAUGUACCGUUUCUGGCAAUCCUUACAAGGAAUACUGUACACCACAUCGCACCUCCUGUCCAUUGGAACCGGCUCCUUUACGUGGGAGAAGAAUUCUGCGACUUUUCGUGGGGGCUUGAAUGCAACCCUUAUCCCUGUGGCGCGCAUGAUCUUUCGCUGAAGCUUCUC